AUGCUUGAAUUGGUUGAUUUAGGAGAGGACAUCAUUGUAUCAAAUGUGAUACCGUACUUGAAAAGUGCAGAUAUAUUCUCAUUGUCUAUGACAUCACAACUUCUCCACAAUAUGCUAACCACUAAUGAAACUUAUCAUCAACUAUAUCUUAAACAUUUUGGAACCAAGCCAGUUCCAUUGAACUUAGAGAGCUAUUGCUGGGAGGAAUUAUUCAAACUCAGAAUUUCUUCGAAAGCUAAAUUCUAUACCUGGGGGACGAAUGAUUUUGGUAGGUUAGGUCAUGAUCCAAGAGAUCUUUUGAAACAUAAACGGUUUGGCGGGAUAGAUAUCCCACUUGUAGUGAAUGAUCUCGAAGGCAAGAUUAUUACAGCAAUUGAAGCUAGUGGUUAUUCCUUUCAAGUUUUGACUAAUUCAGGGGAAUUAUAUUGGACUGGUCAACUUUGGAAGAAGAAUUACUCUUCUCUGCCGGGGCCAAUUGCAAAAGACUUUGAGCCACCACCACCACCACGAAGUGCUUCUGGAAGGAAUGCAACUGGAAUUUUUGGCAUACCAGGAUUACCAGGGAUGGCACGCAGGUAUCAAAAUCCUCACCCAAGAGAAUCUUCAACGUCAAAUAAUGAAACGCAGAUUCAUGCUGAAACAAAUCCCAACUUAAGGUUACCUCCAGAAGAGCAAGUUAACCGAUUGAACUUGGCAAAUGUGAGAUCUCCAAGACCCAAGUUGAGCAACACCCACCAAUUUCAUUUACCCAUAGUUCUGGAUCUGCUGGGAGCACUCGGACCGAAGUUAAUAUCGAUAUCGAGUGGCCGAGAACAUGUUAUUGGGUUGGAUGAGGAAGGAAAAGUUUACAGUUGGGACACUGGAAUAUCAGGCUCAACGGGAGUUGAAAUGAUAUUCCCAAACAUUCCUUAUGAAGAUCAUAAAGUUACAAAAAUUUCUGCAGGUUGGAAUCUUUCUGCCUGUUUCGUCGAGAACCAUGGUUUGAUUGUGUGGUACAGCAGGGAAAGUAUUAGCAAAGAGCAGUACUAUGAACAAGACUUUAAAGCGAAAGCUAAUUAUAUUUUGGUUCCUGGAACUCAGGAGAAUAGAAUUAUUGAUUUUCUAUGUGGGGUAGAUUACGUUUUAUAUAUAAAGGGUAAUGGGAAAUUAUAUAGAUUCGAUAUAGAUGCACAGGGAUAUUUCGAUGGAAGAGCUGAUAGAAACUUAAUCGGUUCACCAUUUGAAGUGCACAAAUUCAACCAAUGGUUAUCGAACCUUAAUCUUGAAAUAGUAGGAGAGGGUGUUAAAUUUUCAAAAAUUACUGGAUGUUAUCAUAGUUUUGCUAUUUUCACGAAUGAUGGAAGAGUUUUAUUAGGUGAUUCUAAUAGAAGCAGAUACGUUGAAAUCGAGGACGAUAGUGACGAUGAUGAAGAUGAAAAUGGACCUCGCAACCCAAUUGUCUUACCUCAACUACAGCAGAAAAAUAUUGUAGAUGUCGUGAUGGGAGACUACCAUUUUUUGGCACUUACAGAUGACGGAGACUUAUUUUCGUGGGGAAGAGAAUCAAAGCAAUGUGGAUGCUUAGGGCUUGGUCCACUUAAUCUUAACCAAGUAGUAGAAUUACCUACGCACGUAAAGGAACCAAUUGAGAAGCGCAAGGGUAAAUGGCUAGCUGUAACAGCAGCCGGUUGGCAAACUGGCGGAAUAUAUAUUUUAACUGAUGGUGAGGAAGAGGGCUCCAGUGAGGAAUGA